CCUCAAACAAUUUUUAUUUCGUUAAGAAUUCUAAAUUGGUACACGGGUAUAAUCUCUGCUGGAUUCUCUUUACACAGAGAGACAGAGACAUCAGCAGAGCAUUCAUGUUUGGUGGAGGCAAAGGGAUGGGCGGUGGAGGCGGCAGCAUGUUAAAGGUGGUUGGUAGGGCAGUUACUCGCGCUGGUGUCACCAACCUCCAAGAAACCAUUUCUUCUUCUUCUUCUUCUUGUGGCACUGCUACUUCCCCUACUGCUAUUUCUAGGUCAACCCACGGGCUCAAUUCUUCCAAUAAUAAUCUUAGUUUGUCUUCUGCUUCUGCUUGCAAUGUUCCCGUAUCUGCUAAUUAUGGGAGUCCCGACGCCUCUUCCUGGCCUUCUUUUGCUCCUUCUGAUGAUUCUUAUAGUGAUGAGUAUGAGUGGGUGUAUAUGGAUGGGAGUGAAUAUAAGAGCACAAUUGGAGUUUCUGAUGAUUUUGUUCUGGGACCUGUUCCUUCCAUGGACGAAGUUCAUAGCGCUGUCUCUGCCCUUACACAGAUAUAUGAUGCUGCUUCGCAUCCCCAGUCCAUUACAGAUAAAUUUACUUAUAAUGUGGACAAAGAUGUAGCAGAUCAAAUUUUGAGUUCAACAGGCAUGCUGCACCAUGUUUCUCCAGCUGGGUCAGAUUUAGAUUGGGGGGAGUCUUCUCCACAUCUGUGUAACUCAAGAAUGUUACGCCCUUAUGGACCUGACAGUGUUUAUGAUGCUUUCCAUUUAUUGCAGACUGAGCCAUCUGUUCAGAGAAUGGUCAUCUCAUUGUCUUCUGAUAAAGCUGUUUGGGAUGCUGUUUUGAACAAUGAGGUAGUCCGCGAGCUGCGUGAGACCUACUGUGCAGAAGAAAAGAUUAGUUCACUAACCACAGAGAGUUCAGAUGAGACUGGCGAUGACUCCAGUCCUGCUUUGAAUGCUGUAAAGUGGAUAUUUGAAAACACAAAAGCAAAAUUCACGGAAGCAAUUGAGAAAAUAACGAAGCUGAUGAAUGAGUUGUUCAAAGCACCUAAUAAUGAGAAGAAAACAACAGAAGCCGCAGAUCCAUUUGAGGAAAAGCUGAGAACAUCCUUCCUGCUAUCCGUGGUGGUCCUGCUGGUUGUGGUUGUGACUCGAGCCCACAGGGCUUGACCAUAAUUUGUCGACAUAACAAGUUGUACCCUUCCCACUGGGUUGUUUUACUUGAGUCUUUCAGCUCAAGAUGAAGUUAUGCGUUAACACUAUAUUUGUCUUAUGGCUAUGUGAUUAUUUAAGUCCUUUCUGUCAAAAACAUCACUCUGGGUAGUCUUAAUUUAUGCGGACUUGUUGUGCACAAUCUUUUGGUAUUUCUGUUAAUUAAGAAAGGUGCUUUCAGCUUGUGAUU